AUGAUGAGAAGUAGAAGUGGUUUGCUGUCCUCAAAAAAAAAUAUAUUAUCUGGAGGUGGUGUUAAACGUUCAGCCAAUUCUGUAGCUGUUCUAAGCAAUGUUCCUAAUCAAACAUCUAUUGUCUAUUCUACCUAUUCAAAUUCUUUAACAAAUCCUUCAUUACCAGGACUACAAUCAUUAUCAUAUCUUGAUUGUCCAAUAAGUACCAAACGUCUUGCUAUAUCUUCAACAAUAUCAUCAAAUAAUUGUCUUCAAUCAAAGACAAAUAAUAAUACUAAUUUAGGAAAUACAAAUUCUGUUUUAAUUAAUACAUAUACAUCAAAUCCAUAUUCAAUUGCAAAUACAAUUCCAACAUCUAUAAAUAAUACAAAUUGUGAAAUUAAUUCAAUACCUAAUUUGUUUAUUAAUUGUUGUGGUAAUAUAUCAACAACAAAUAAUAAUAGUAUUAAUAGAAAUAAUAUUAUACAUAACCAAGGAUUUGAAGGUGGAUUAUCUUGUAAUAGCACAACUUCAACAACUUCACCAUCUAAUAAUAUUACAACUACUCCAAUAUUAAACUCACGGCAUCAAAAUACUUCGAGUCAAAAUAUUAUGGGUAAAAGUAGUAAUAAUACUGGUAAUAAUACAAAUGACAUUUCAAAUUUUGAUACCCAAGGAAAUGAGAUAAGUCAUUAUGUUGAAAGUAAUAACAAUAUUAAUUUAAUAGAUAUGGGUCAAAAAAGAGAAGAAGAAUGUCAAAGUACAGGAUCUCAAAAUAAUUCAAAUACUGUUUUACGAGUAAUAUUUGGUAAUGUCAGUAUGGCUAUCUCAUUAGAUGUUAUAUAUACUUGUUUUUCAAGAUAUGGUAAAGUAUUGAGGAUAAUUACUUUUACUAAAAACAAUAUUUAUCAGGCAUUAGUACAAUUAUCUGAAAACAAAUCAGCUGAAGCUGCUUUCAAUCAGUUAGAUGGAAAAAUAUUAAUACCAGGUUGUAAUCCUCUUAAAAUAGAAUAUUCUAAAUUGACAACGUUAAAUAUUAAAUAUAAUAAUGAAAAAUCAAGAGAUUAUACUAAGCCUCAUCUACCUGCAGGAGAUUUUUUGUUUGAUCCAAAUUUAUUACAAUUUGCUAGUAAAAAUUUAUCACAACAAUUACAACCGGUAAAUAAUUUAACAAAUCCUGGUUAUACAUUACAAUAUUCUAAUAUUGGUGGUAGUAUUAAUAAUGCUACAUCAUUAUUACAAAAUAAUAUUCAAUAUACAUUGACAGGGGGUAUACAACAAAUUAAUCCAUAUGUUCAAAAUAUUCAAAAUGGUGGAACAAGUAGUAUUAUUAAAGGAAACACAACAAAUCCAACAAAUCAAUUAAUUGGCCAUAACCAAUCACUACAAAAUGUUUUUUCUUUUCCUCAAUUAGGUGUUAUAGCUUUACCAUCUCCAGUUGUUUUGGUGACAAAUCUUGAUUCAAAGAAAAUUAAUCCUGAUAUGUUAUUUACAUUAUUUGGUGUUUAUGGUGAUGUUCAAAAAGUUAAAAUAUUAUAUAAUCAAAGAUCACAAGCUUUGAUAGAGUUUUCAGAACCUCAACAAGCUGUUUUAGCUGUUAAACAUUUAGAUAAUACGCGGUGGAAUGGUAAUUAUAUGAGAGUAGCUCCAUCAAAAUUUUCAUCAGUUCAAAUUAGACUUGAUGGGAAACAAGAUGAAUCUUCAACCAAAGAUUAUACACAUUCACCAUUACAUAGAUUUAGAAAACCUGGAAGCAAAAAUUAUAUGAAUAUUUAUCCACCAAAUUCAACAUUACAUCUAUCAAAUAUUCCUUUAAGUAUUUGUGAACAAUUUCUAGUUCAGGCAUUUGAGAAAAAUGGUUUUAAUGUUAAAGCAUUUAAAUUUUUUCCUAAUAAUCAUAAAAUGGCUUUAAUUCAAUUAGAUACAAUAGAAGCAGGUAUCAAUAGUUUAAUAACAAUGCAUAAUUUCCGUCUAGCAGAAAAUGCACAUUUAAAAGUAUCAUUUUCAAAGAGUGUUUUAAAACCAAAUUUGGUAUUGUAA